AUGGAGUCCAAAACCGGCUACCACCCUGCCGUCGGCCUUAAUAUUAAGCACCAUGUGCCUCUCACUCUUGAUGUCGAGAAUGUGCACUAUUCAUCAUGGGCCGAGCUAUUUAAAUUCACCGCUCGUGCCAACCAAGUCUUAGAUCACAUCAUUCCUCCUUCCGAACCGACUGAAAUCAAGGACAAAGAACUUUGGGGCCGUCUUGAUGCCGUCGUUCUUCAAUGGAUCUAUGGCACCAUUAGUGAAGAUCUCAUGCUCACUAUUCUUGAACCCGGGGGUACCGCUCAACAAGCAUGGGAACGCUUACGGGAUAUCUUUCAGGACAAUAAACAUUCCUGUGCCGUCUAUUUGGAAAAUCAGUUUUCCAAUACUCAUCUUGAAAAUUUCAAGAAUGUCUCCUCUUACUGUCAAAAGUUGAAAAUGCUUUCCGAUCAACUUUCCGGCGUCGGUUCACCGGUGUCGAAUCAACGUCUUGUCCUUCAAUUAGUUGCCGGCCUCACUGACGCUUAUGAUAACGUGGCUUCCUAUAUUCAACAAAGUGAUCCCUUGCCCCCCUUCUAUAAGGCACGCUCCAUGCUAACCUUAGAGGAGUCACGUAAAUCUCAACUCCAUAGUCCUCUUCUAUGCUCUCGUUGCCACGGACUCCUCCUCUAG